UGUCUGUUCCCAGUUUCGGCAGCCCAGUUGUGCUCAGUCUCCAGCAACAUGGACCAAAGGGAGAUUCUGUUGCAAAACCUGGAAAGGGCACAAAGCAAGAAGCUCAACAGAGACAAGUUUGCAGAGGAGUUUUUGAAGCUGAAAAGGCAGUCAACAAAGUACAGAGCAGAUAAAAUCUACCCUACAGCAGCAUCUGAGCAACCAGAGAACAUCAAGAAGAACAGAUACAAGGACAUCUUACCCUUUGACCACAGCAGAGUGGAGCUGUCCCUAAUUACAUCAGACACAGAUUCUCAUUACAUCAAUGCCAACUUCAUCAAGGGCGUCUAUGGGCCAAGAGCGUACAUUGCAACCCAGGGUCCUCUCCCCGCUACUGUCAUUGACUUUUGGAGGAUGAUUUGGGAGUAUGAAGUCCUGAUUGUGGUCAUGGCUUGUAUGGAGUUUGAAAUGGGAAAGAAGAAAUGCGAGCGGUACUGGGCAGAGGUGGAUGGCUCUCCCCUGCAGUGUGGUCCUUUCUCCAUUGCCUGUGAAGCUGAAGAGAAGAAAAAUGAGUAUGUGAUUAGGAGGUUAAAGGUGACCCUGAAUGAGGAAAUCCACACCAUCCACCAGUUCCACUAUAAAAACUGGCCUGACCACAAUAUUCCCUCAUCCAUUGACCCCAUCCUGGAGCUCAUUAGCGAGAUUCGCUGCUACCAGCCAGGUGACAGCGUCCCCAUCUGCAUCCACUGCAGUGCAGGCUGUGGGAGAACAGGAGUCAUCUGUGCAAUCGACUACACACAGAAGCUGCUGAAGGACGGGAUUGUUCCAGUGAACUUCAGUGUUUUUAGUCUGAUCCAGGAAAUGCGCACACAAAGGCCUUCCAUAGUGCAGACCAAGGAGCAGUAUGAGCUGGUUUAUGAUGCGGUGAUUGAGCUCUUCAAAAGGCAGAUUAAAGCACUCGAUGCCCAGGAAGAUUCUGCUGCUUCACAGGUACAAGCAAAGCAUCCUGUAGCCAAGCCACUUCUGAGUCCAGUGGAAGAUAUUUAUUCCUUGAGUUUAUUAACCUGCUCAGAGCAAGAGAAGCAAGAUGUGCAUCAGCGUCUUCCUCCGGUGGUAAAAAGCAAUGCACCCCUGACAUCGUCUGCCACAGGAGUACACGAGAGCUCUGGAUGUGGAGUCCCUCCCAUCAGACAGGCCAUCUCCUUCGGCACUUUGAACUUCAUCACCUGCAGGAAGGCAGCAGCUGCUGAGAAGUGGGGCACUAGGGAUGCUCUUCAGAAACGCCAGAGUUUGGAGUUCAACCGCAUCUCUCCUGAGCAGCUGCUUCUGAACCUGGAGCCAACGGGAGCAGGCAGGAGAGGACCUUGUGGCAGGGCACCUCUGACAUGGACUGCAUCGACCCCUUUUGUGCUGGCACAGCGGGGAGAAGGCUGGGAACGGGACAGAGGGGAUGCAAAGCCUGUUUUGAGUUCACAGUUGCCAAAUGCCUGUUCCUCAAGCUUUCAGAUGAAGAAGCAGGAUGGAUUUUGCCCUGUUGAGCUGAACCACUUGAGGCAAGAAGUGGAUGGCCCUCCAAGCCACAGGGACCGUGGGCAACAUCCUUACUCUUGCUUCUGCUCAGCAGAAGACCCCUACUUCUCUUCACUCUCCUCUGAUGAACCUGUGUCCCCAGUGUUUACCGAGUGCUUUGUGGAGGGCCAGGAUGCACGUCUCCUUCCUUGUCCUGUGAGUGCCACACCACAGCCUGCUGUGGCCAGUUCCCUACCAUCCAGAUCUGCAUCUCACCACACUCCCCCACUGAAGGAUGAGAGGAUAUCCUCCCUGACCACACCGCCACAGCCAGAUGAUGAUGAUGAUGAUGAUGAUCCUCCACCCCUGCCUGAGCGAACCCCCGAGUCCUUUAUUGUGGCUGGUGACUCUGGACAACUUCCUCUGGCAACUUCUGAUUUUCAGCUUCCAGCCGGAAAUACACAUAUGGGAACCUCUCUGGAGCAGAGUGGUGAGUCUCACUCAGAGCAGUUCAAUGGCUCAGCGAGACUGAGACCAUGUAAGAGUGUGACGCUUCAGAGCCCACAAACAGAGACAACCUGGGAUCGCUCUAGCUCCCCUCCCCCGCUUCCUGAAAGAACCCCGAAGUCAUUUGUUCUUGCUGAUGCUGCAAGUCUGCAAGCUACUGCAAGAAAUUCUAUGUGUCCUGUGGGCUUGGAGAGCAAUGCUUCCGAAACAUCAUCAAAAGAGUCUACGAAAUGCUUCAGGAGAAGCAAGAGCUUGAAAAUACUGAAAAGCAUGAGGAAAAGCAUCUGUAGUCCAUCUUCACUGACAAAAGCACCAGAUUCUGCCCCGUCAAACGACUCAAGGUCCUUCCUUAACUUUGGCUUUGCAAAUCGAUUUUCAAAACCUAAAGGACCAAGAAACCCACCACCAGCAUGGGAUAUUUAG